AUGCAUACUCCCCGCAUCCUCCGUUCUGCAGCAUCACUACUCGCUGUCUGGUCCUCCCUGCAACUGUCUGCUGCCUCUCCGGUGGAGCUCAACGAAGCAGAGCUACAAAAGCGCUGCGACAACCCCUGCGGCUUCUACAGCCAGCUUUGCUGUACCUCGAGCCAAACAUGUUCCACCAACAGCAACGGCCAAGCAGUCUGUGUCGACGGUAGCGGUAGCGGUAGUGGUAGCGGCGGCCAGUGGGAGUACUACACCACCACGUAUAUUGUCACCGAGACCGACACCUCAACAGUCACCUCUGUCUGGAGCAGCUACAUCUCUGAGCCGACAGGCUCGGGGAGCGGAUCGGGAAGUUGCAAGAGCGAGAUCGGCGAGACGAAAUGCGGCGACGAAUGCUGCGGACCGGCCUAUGUCUGUUCCAGCGAGAACAAAUGUGUUCUGGGGAGCUCGUCCAUCUGGGCGACGGCCACGCCGCCAGUCCGCGGCACGAGCGCAUCCACUGUCACCGCGACUGCUGCCGUCACGACGACCCAGGGCUUCGAGGCGCCUGUUGGCACGGACGGGGCGACGCUGAUCGGCGUCCAUGCUGAAGGCGGUGGUCUGAGUGGCGGAGCGAUUGCCGGAAUCGUCAUCGGAACAAUCGCCGGUGCGUUCCUUUUGCUUCUUCUGUGCGCCUGUCUCUGUUGUAAGGGCGUGCUGGAUGCGCUCUUCGCGUGUCUGGGGAUCGGAAAGAGAAAGAGAAAGGAAACGACCUACGUCGAGGACCGGUACUCCCACCACUCGCACAGCAGACCUGAAGGCCGCACCUGGUUUGGCGCUCGUCCCCCGGCGUCCGAAGUCGCCGGCGAGAAGAAGUCGAAAUGGAAUAGUCUGGCUACGAUUGGCAUUAUCCUCGGCGCGCUUGCGCUGUGCCUGGGCCUGAAACGGCGCCGAGACCACGACGAAAAGAGCGAAUCCAGUUACCCAAGCUCGUAUUAUUAUUACUCUGACUAUUACACGAACCCAAGUAGCAGCGAAAGUUCUGGCAGACGAACCAGAUACACAAGACGGUCGAGGAGAUCAGGUACACGAUCACGACGAUCAUGA